AUGGAUUACGACUGGUAUGAUGAAGACUUCUUGGAAAGGAUCGAACAGAAUGCAAGUGCGAUUGACGAGAUUUUGGAUGCAAAUUUGGAGCGUCGUUGGUAUUAUUUGUUCCUUUCCGUUGUGCCGAUUGCGUGUAUCAUCGGGAAUUGUAUGGUGGUGGCGGCCGUUUGGACGACGAAAAGUCUUCAAACACCCACAAAUUAUUUGCUCGUUAGCCUGGCAAUAGCUGAUCUCUUUGUUGGCAGUUUCGUAAUGCCGUUCAGCAUUUACUUAUCGAUAAACGGUUUACAUUGGCAUCUUCCUUUACCAGUUUGUUAUUUGUAUAAUGUUAUGGAUGUUGCCGCAUCCACAUGUUCUAUUGUUCAUUUGGUACUCAUAAGCAUCGACAGGCUGGUUGCGGCCACGAAGCCAGCCGACUACAAGACAAUCAAGCAUCGAAAACGGGUUUAUUUGUCGAUUGCUAUAGCAUGGACAUUCAGCAUCACGUUAUCGUUACCUCUAGGCACUGGUUUGAACUCGAAGACUCGACACUUUUUGCUCACCGAGCACCACUGCGGUAUCUAUAGCCCUGUGUACAUGUUCUGUAGCUCAAUUUUCGCAUUCUAUUUGCCGUGUUUGAUAAUGAUCAUAACCUAUAGUUAUAUAUUCUACACGCUCAGGAGGCGCCUUCAAGCCAUUCAAUUGCAGGUUUGUUCUGGCAUCGACCAGUAUGCCAUUGUCAAUGGUAUGGGCCAUACGGAUACUUUUUUACAGGAAAUGGCUGGAGGUCAGUUUGUUGGUUUUGGUGCCGAUGUCGGCAAUAUAGCAAAUUCAGCGAUUCAAACCGUUAUUGGAGUGGCGCCGAGGAAUCGAAAUGCGAUCAGUUGGGAGAAGCCACUGUUGAAGAAAAUCGAAGAGACGGCCGCAGAGCAUGCCAGCUCGUUGAAUGAAAGUGAUCGAGAACAGCUGCAAACGAUUCUCGAAUGUGGACAACCCUCGUCGAGUGGUUCUCAAGAUGUCGGGCAAUUCGAUGAAGAACCUGAAAGGCCACCAUCGGUAUUGCUCGAAGCAGUAACACUGAAUGCAAACGCGACUGAGUCUGAUAUGUUUUCACGAGGUUUACGAGUGCCUCGACCUAUCUAUGUGAAGCAUAUGGGUCGACGGUUUUCGGAUGCCGUACAAACGAUGUCUCAACGAAGUCAUCAAAAGUUUAUCGCUCAAGGCGGUGUGGUGAAGACCUUAAGGCGAUACUCCUAUCAGCCUCAAUCGAAUGCGCCAAGAAACAGUGAGGAUCACCCGAUCAAUAUGCGCCAUGAAAAGAAGCGAAUGCGACGAUUAUCGGAGAUUAUCUCAGAAUGGGAACGGCCCAGUCGAGCGUCACUAUCGCAUAUGUACAGUUUGGCGAGACGAGAGUCAGUCUAUAUUGCGAGAAAAAAAUUGGCCGGGUUAAAGGAUUGGGCACUAGAUUUGCUUGCAAAAUUGCGCUCAAAACAAGGUAUCGCGAUAAGGCGUGAAACGAGAGCCACGAAAUUGGUUGCUACUGUUAUGGUUGUAUUUCUGGUUUGCUGGUUACCAUUCUUCACGCUCAACACGAUCAAGGUGUACAAACUAAUGUUUAGUAGUUGGCAAACUGAUUUGGAAGUUUGGUUCCAUUGGUUAACAGCUCUUGGAUACUUGAAUUCAUCGCUAAAUUUCUUCAUCUAUUCGGCGAUCAAUCAAAAGUUCCGUUCAAGUUUUCGGCGUUUGUUGAAAUAUAAACGGGCUAAAAGAGAGCAAACCAAAUGGAUGUGUCCACCGCCAAAGGGUUCCACUUCUCGAAAGUGCCGAUAUUGUUCCUGUGGACCGUUCCAGAAAAUUGCAAACCAUCACAGUUUUGAUCCGUCUACAUCGUCAAGAUUGCCGGGUCGAAAUGUAUCAAUGAAGAAGCCUGAAAUCGUUAUAAACGAAGUCACCACGUCGGCAAAUCGAAUCUCGAUCUCAGCUGGGGGAAUCACAACAAUAAGACGUACCUCUGACGAGAGCUCCUUUCGUCGAUCAUCAUCCGAACACGCUGUCGUUGGUUUCCAUUCGCCAUUAUGUGACAGCGGUGAUGAUGCUGCCUCAAACUCACGUCGAAGCUCAAGCUUCAGCAACAGUUCGAAUUCGGUUCGUGCUCAAAGCAAACAAGAAACGACAACUGCCUUAAUUCAUGAUCAGGUGGAAAUAUUUGUAUGA